AUGGAUAUGGCAGUGCCGGCCGUCUUCCACGGCGUGAACAUGGGAGCCCAGCAUUUCGACAAGGUUUAUGAUCCGCUCAAGAAGAAAUAUUACCAGCGAAAGGGCUACUAUCAGGAGGAUCCAGACAUCAAGGACUACCGCACCCCAGAAGAGAAGGGCUACGUGCUUCGUCGACGGCGGGAUGUCGGAUCAGAUGAAGAGAUCGUUGAGACUGUCCGUCAUCGAGGCGAAAUCCUGGCGAAGGCACCUGGACGUCCCAAGCAAGUUGCGCGUCGAGCCAGCAGCUACGAUGAUCUGAGAGAUGCCGGCAAGAAGGCCGCAGCUGGAGGCGCAGCGGCUGGCGCAAUGGUUCCUUACCGGAAGAAGGACUCCCGCAACGGCUACGGCAGCGACAGCGAAGGCUCGGUUCCACCGCGCUCACGAGUUCGACCCAAGUCCACAAGCGGUCGCAGCCAUGCCAGCCGCCGACGCAAGAACUCAAGCUCCUCCUCGUCCUCCGACAGCAGCAGCCUAUGCUCUAGCACCGAAGACGAGAAGAACGUCAAGAAGAUGCAGCGCAAGAAAUGGAUCACCGGCACAUUUGCUACCGUAGCCACCAUUCACGCCGCCACAAAAGUCUACAGCAGCAUCGAAGCACACGACAAGCGCAUCGCAGAUGUUGCUACCGGCAAGAUGAGUCCCGAAGAAGCACAUAAGAAGCAGAAGACUGCCCGCUGGCAGGACGCGGCGGCCAUCGGUAUCGCAGCCCUCGGAAUUCGUGGCGCCAUCUCGGAGUGGCACGAAGUGAACGAGGAGCACCAUCAGCACAAGGAGAUGAUGGAGAAGAAGGAGCUGCACCACAAAAAGCGUCUCGAGCAGGAGCGACGACGGCGAGCCCGCGAGCGAGGUGGAUACUACAAGGGCAGAGACGGGCAAUGUACUACGAUGGCCGAUGCCCCAGAGCAGUGA